AAAAAGAAAAAAGAAAAAAAUAAAUCCUGUGCCUCUCUUUCUGCUUUUGAAUUUUGAUGUUGAAAAAAGCAAAGCAAUACAAAUUGCAAGAUUUGUAUAAACAAGCUGCUAAUAAAAAGGAAAGUAUCAAGGAUAAAGAAGAGAAAGAAUUGCAACUGGCCAUUGAAUUAAGCAAAAAAGAGCAUAUUCUUGAACAGCAACGGUUAUUUGAAUUACUUCAAAGAGAACGGCAACAGAGAUCGUCUACCUCAUCUGCUGAUAUUGAAGAGGAUGAUUGGUUCCAAACAGUGUCACAUCGUAGACAACCAAACAAUGUGAAAAGACAGGAAAAAGCCCCAAAGAAAAAGCCCACAACAUCAAAAAAACCCAAAAUAAAAAGAACAACAUCCGUAAAGCAAGAGAAAGACGAACCAUUGGUGAUUGAUAACUUGUCUUCAUUCCUGAUCAAAAAUGAUCCUGAAGAGCAGGAAAAUAUUGUCAUUGAAAACUUGUCGAAAUUCUUAAAAAAAGAAGAACCAGAAGAACAACAACAAAUAGUUAUUGAAAACUUGACGGCAUUUCUGGAUAACGAACAGGAAGAAUCCACUUUUGCUAAUCACAGCUAUAAUAGACAAAUUGAAAAGAAUAUCAAAUGCUCAGUUUGCGAGAACUGGUUUGCUGAUGAGAUUGCAGCACAAUUACACCUUUCAGAAUGCAAAAACAUUGAAGCAGAAUGUCUUGAUGAGCAACUGACUGAUGAUGCAAUUGAAGAAACAGUUGAGGAUCAAGACUUUAGUGAAUCAGACUGCAGUGUAAUAGACUUGUGUAAUCCUAAUGCAGAAGAGGACGAUGGAUAUCUUUCACCUUUAGAAGGCUUCACGAACGUAUUGGAUAUUCAGGGUGAUAAUCCGUUCCUAGCUCAAUUCGAGCGUAAUAAUAGACAUACUACAACUACUACUGCUAGAAGUUCUACUACAAGAAAACGGAGUACAACUACAAGGAGAAGCAAUAAUAGUAGCAACUCAUCAAAGAGACCAAGAAGAACAUGGAAGAAAAAGAGAAGAGAAAAGAAAUGAUUACAUUACUGUAGAUAUUUAUGCCCUACGCCUUUUUUCAUAGGCAAUUUUAUUGCCUAGUGACCUGUACAAAAUAAUUAUAUGUGUAUACGUUUAAAAUAUAAAAUGUAUACAACUCUUUGGAUCAAUUCUAACAAAGAGGACUUUUAGUCCAACAGAUACCCUUAAAAGUAAAGGCGAUUGAAUCAAAAAGGCAAAUCUUCAAUAAAUGAAAUGAAUUGUUUUUCUAAAUCUGUCAAGUUUUAAACACAGCAGUAUCGUUUUGUUCCUAAAGUCCAAAGGAAUACAGUGAGUCUUGGACUUUUUUUCACCUUGUGUUCUUUUGUCACAAAUUAAAAGCAAGCAAGAAG